GGGUGUCGCCGCCAAGUGCCGCUAGUGCUCUUUCGGCCUUUGCCCCGCUCAGUGUUUACUCACUCAGUCGGUAAAAUGUCAGGUGGCCGCAGGCAGCUUCUGGAACUCUUCUAUGAUGUCGUCUCCCCGUACUCCUGGUUCGGGUUCGAGAUACUCUGUCGAUAUCGUAACAUCUGGAAUGUGGACAUACGCCUGCGCCCAGGGUUCCUUGGUGGGAUUAUGCAUGCGUCAGGUAACAAAGCACCUGCGCUGGUCCCUAACAAAGGCGCUUACAUGAACCUGGACCUGAAGAGACUGUCAGAGUUUUGCCAAGUUCCUCUUCGUCAGCCCAGUGAUUUCUUCGAAGUUGUCAUAAAAAAAGGCAGUCUCUCUGCUAUGCGUUUUCUCACGGCUGUGGAGAUGUCGCACCCAGAAUUUGUGGAGUCGGUAUCCCGAGAAUUGUGGAGACGGAUCUGGUCGGAGGACAAGGAUAUUACUGAGCCUGCCAGUAUAUUAGAGGCUGCAAGAAAGGCCGGACUGCCUGAGGAUCAGACCAGCAAGCUGCUGGAACAAAUCUCAUUGCCCUCUGUAAAAAACAAACUCAAGGAAACCACUGAUGAGGCUCUGAAAUAUGGGGCGUUCGGGAUGCCCACUCUCGUGGCUCACAUUGAUGGCAAGCCUCACAUGUACUUCGGGUCGGAUCGCUUUGAAUUAAUAGCGCACCAGCUGGGUGAGAAGUGGCUGGGUCCAGUGCCGCAGAAAUCGCGCUUGUAAGUCGUCUAACCAAGAACAAGUAAUUCUCAGCUGCGUCACAUGUAAAUGAUUUGUAUAUUCCAGUGAUUUCUAGUUAUUCUGCUUAAUAAAUUCCUCAAUGUUUA